AUGAAGGUGGAGGAUUUAAUUAAUGGUGAGUGUUCUAUUCCAGAGAAAUUGGAGAGGUUUUAUAAAGUCUUUAUUGGAGGUAAAGAUAUUCGUCGAAGAGAUGGUGUCAAUUGUGACAGAUUGACUAAUUCAAUGGCCUCAGACGCUAUUUUUUGUGUUAAUAAUGGAACUGUUAAACCAUUUGGACAUUGCUGCAACUAUAAGACCCUGGAAGAAUUUGAAACUGAAGCAAUUAUAGCAUCUGUUGAUUGUUCACAAAUAAGUCCUCCUGACAUUAUCCGUUCUCCAUUAUUAUGUACAGGUGUGGCAUUCGAUAAUUUUGAUAGAUUCGUCGAUACCCUAAAUGGAAAAGAAUCUUUACACGACACUGUUGGAAUUAUAUAUCAAAAUAUUGAUAAUAAUGUCCAAGAAGAAUUGAAUGUGGAUAAUGCCAGUAAUAAUUCUGAAGAAACGCUACAAGGACCAUCAAAAAAAAGAAGAAGAACCUUUGAUGCUAUUGUUCCCGAUAUCCUUCCAUAUGCUAAACGAUUAAGGAUGUCUGGACGUUAA